AGGCUGCAGGCUGCACCCCGCGUGCACGGAGCUUUCUGCAGCUGCAACGGCUGCCACACAUGCAAACCGCGCACUGACGUCGGCUGAUCGAUACCCGCUAUCGGCAAAUAAUCCAUAGCCGCAUGGUGACGUCACGCCGUUGAUCGGUGAGAGUGGCUGGGCGGGUUGGUGGGUGGGUGGCUGGGUUGCCGCGCGGACACCAGGGGUGGAUGCGUGCACCGAAACCCCACAUUGGAUAAAAAAAUAAUCAUAAUAAUAAUAUUAAAAGAGGAAAAAAGCGACAUUGCACGAGGAGCGUGUGGACGUGAACGGGAUUGUUUGCUGUUUGUUUGUCGCCUCGGCGCGUGCAGAAUGUAGUAGGUGUCACGGCCGCUGCAGGAGGAGGAGGAUGGAUGCGUAACAGGACGGAUCAGCCAGCUGUGGCCUGUUCAACAGCAACAUCUGGCCGGAUCAGAGAGGGCGCCUCAGCCAACCAACCAACCAGUCGGAGGAGAUGGAGGAGGGGGAUGCAGAAGGGGAGGGGCCAAUGGCGGUCAGGGAGGGGUCGAGCAGUCGCGGCCUCCCGCCACCACCGGACACUGGUGGCAGCGGCAACACAACCACUGCCACCACCACCAAUAACCUCCUGGCUUCUGUCAAAGAGCAGGAGCUCCAGUUCGAGCGGCUGACUCGAGAGCUGGAGGAGGAGCGGCAGAUUGUGGCGAGCCAGCUGGAGAGGUGCAUGCUGGGAGCUGAUUCGCCAGCGGGGGACAGUAGCAGCUCGUCUGAGAAGUCGUUUGCAUGGAGAACUGCAGGUGGAGAUCUGCAGGGCGGUAUGGAGGCCUCUGGUCGACUCCUGGAGCCGGAGGACGGACUCUAUCUGCCUGAACAGGAUCGGGUCUCCCUGCAUGACAGUGAGGGCUCAGGAGGUCACUCAGCGCAGAUGACCUCGUAUUCGGACAGUGGCUACCAGGAUAGCAGUGUUAGCUACUACAGUAACCAGAACGUGGUGCGUUCAGAGCCACGGGCGUCCUUAUCCAGAAGCCCAAGAGCUGAAGGUCAAGCCUCCGGGCCGGCGUCAGGCCGGGUGUUGCGGAGGAUGGCAUCCCUCCCCUCUCGGAGCCAGUCUCCGGGCUGUGGCACCGCCGGGACUGUCUCACCCUCCCGCAUCUCCCUGCGAACCUCCCAGGGCAGCACCUACGACUCGCCCAUCCUCUCUGAGCCCAAACCGCUGGCCGCCGUUUUCCCAGGCACCACCAUGCCGCCCUCCUGCCCGUCACCGACCUCUCCGACGGACGGCACCCAGGCCCUGGGCGGCGGUGGCGGCGGCGGAGGAGGAGGAGGCGGUGGGAUUAUAGGGGGAGCAGGUGGGCGACUGGGUUCCACCCUCUCCCUGAUCGAAGGGAGGGGUUUGACGGGGUCGCCGCUACGUUCAGGAAUGACGGCUAUGCCACAGCAUUAUGGUUCCACACUGCCCAGACAGAGCCAGCCGCUGGCGUAUGGAGCGGAUCCAUACGGUCUCUACCAGAGGAGUGCCCUGCCCCGCCCCGACAGCCUCAUAGGGCUUCACAGCUCAUACGCCGGUCAUGCGGGGCAGAUGGAUCCGGAGCUGAGGGCGGCGCUGUCUCCAGACUGCCACAUGACGCCCGUUUUUGACGAGCGCUCCUUCCACAGCCCCCUGUACCACAGCCCCACCCACGACCCCCAGGGCUCCCUCUACAGGACAAACACAGGUAUGGAGACCCUCCCUCGGACUACAAGCCAUUGCGGCACGCUGCCGUACCAAAGAAGCAGCUAUGGGCUGAGCUCUGCAGCGCUCUACGUCGACUCCUACAGGGCGGGCGGAGAACCCGUCUUCUCCCACCGACACUCUGGACUGGUGGAGCGGGUCGCGACACGCACCCCGUCCAUCGAGAGUAUCCAUAAGGACCCCAGGGAGUUUGCUUGGCGUGACCCCGAGCUGCCGGAGGUCAUCCACAUGCUGCAGCACCACUUCCCCUCAGUCCAGGCCAACGCCGCCGCCUACCUGCAACACCUCUGCUACGGAGACAACCGGGUCAAGGUGGAGGUGUGUCACCUAGGGGGGAUCCAGCACCUGGUGGACCUGCUGGAUCACAAAGUGGCUGAGGUGCAGAAGAGCGCCUGCGGGGCCCUGAGGAACCUGGUGUACGGCAAGGCCACCGACAGCAACAAGGUGGCCCUGAGAAACUGUGGAGGGGUCCCGGCCCUGCUGCGCCUCCUGAGGAAGACCACUGACAACGAAGUACGAGAGCUGGUCACCGGUGUGCUCUGGAACUUGUCCUCCUGCGACGCGGUGAAGAUGACCAUCAUCCGCGACGCUCUCACCACUCUCACCAACACCGUGGUCAUCCCACACUCGGGCUGGAGCAGCAUCUCACACCGCGAUGAACACAAAGUCAAGUUCCAAUCAUCACUACUGCUGCGCAACACAACAGGCUGCCUGAGGAACCUGAGCUCAGCGGGGGAGGAGGCGAGGAGUCAAUUGCGUUGUUGUGAGGGUCUGGUCGACUCGCUGCUUCACGUCCUCAAAGCCUGCGUCAACACCUCCGAUUACGACAGCAAGAUUGUGGAGAACAGCGUCUGCACCCUGAGGAACCUGUCGUACCGGCUGGAGGUGGAGAUGCCCUCCUCCCGUCUCCUCGGCAACCAGGAGCUGGACACCCUGCUGGGCUUCUCAUCCCCGGCCAAGGAGCUGGACUACCUGUGCUGGGGCAAAAGGAGGCGGGGCAGGAAGAGGGGCGGUUGGCCUGACGACAAGUGGGACGGGGUGGGGCCCAUCCCGGGGUUCUCACAGCCUCUGAGGGGGGCGGAGCUUCUGUGGCACCCGAUGGUGGUGAAGCCGUACCUCAACCUGCUGGCAGAGAGCUCCAACCCGGCCACACUGGAGGGCGCUGCCGGGUCUCUGCAGAACCUGUCUGCAGGAAACUGGAAGUUCUCGGCGUACAUCCGAGCGGCGGUGCGUAAGGAGAAGGGCCUUCCCAUCCUGGUGGAGCUGCUGAGGAUGGACAACGACCGGGUGGUCUGCUCCGUCGCCACCGCCCUUCGUAACAUGGCCCUAGACGGACGCAAUAAGGAGCUGAUAGGUAAGUACGCCAUGCGGGACCUGGUGAACCGGCUGCCUGGUGGGAGUCCGUCAGUGCUGUCGGAUGAUACGGUGGCGUCUGUCUGCUGCACGCUGCACGAGGUCACCAGCCGCAACAUGGAGAACGCCAAAGCUUUAGCCGACAGCGGAGGCAUCGAGAAGCUGGUGGACAUCAGCAAAGGACGAGGGAAAGGGUAUUCGAUGAAGGUUGUGAAGGCAGCAGCUCAGGUGUUGAACACACUGUGGCAGUACCGAGAACUGAGGAGCCUCUACAAACAGGACGGAUGGAACUACACCCACUUCAUCACCCCCAUCUCCACUCUAGAACGAGACCGCUACCGCUCCCAGCCCACCUUACCCACCAGCCCCCUGCAGAUGUCCCCCGUCAUCCAAUCAGGUGGAAGUGCAACAUCCUCGCCAGCGAUGCUGGGAAUCCGAAGGCACAGUUCAAACUACCAGAGGGCGCAGUCAUCUAUGCAACUCGACUCAUACUAUGGAGACAACAGUUUACACAAGCGGCAGUACACAGGGUCUGAGAAGAAAACUCCUUACUUCAUUGGAACAUAUUCUUCCCAGUCAGGAGAGGAUUUGAGAAGGUCCCAGAACCCAGAGCCAUUCUACGACGAGCCUGACAGGAAGAAUUACAACAGCUACAGAAUGUACCUGUCGUCCCCACAAGGCUACGGAGAGGAGCAGUACGAGGAGGAGCCGGUCCACCUGACCCCGUCCUCCCCCGACGGCUACGCCAGCCAGACGCUCCGAUUCAAAGCCAACACUAACUACGUGGACUUCUACUCCACCACACGGAGGCCUUCAAACAGGGCGAACAAGUUCACCGGAUCCCCCGACUCGUGGGUGUAAAAAUCACACAGACUGUGUCCGUUUAGCUUCAGCGUUUGGCCGUCUGUGUCUGUGGGCGUCUGUGGGUGUGGGUGUGGGUGAGUCGAAGGUGGAGGAUGCAUGUGAAUGUGUGCAUUAGUGUUGACACUGUACUGAAUGAUCAGGGCACAGUUUACUAAGGGCAGCUUUGACUAAGUGGGUCCACGUCCAGCGUAACGCAGAUUCAGCGGAACCUUUUAGUUCAACUAAAGCCUCCGCUAACACUGCAUUAUAAACAGGAGGAGAAGAAGAAAACCAGGGUAGAUUUGCAUGUCCUAGCAGGUAAAAAGAAGUGAGAAGGAUCAUCACGUUUGUUUUUUGUUUGUCAUUAUACAGAAGUGGAACAAAAGUUAUUCAGACACCCUUAAAACUGAACAUAAUCUCAAAUAUUAUCAAGAAAUAUUUGUGGAAAAAUCGAUUUUGUGUUUCAAAAGGUGUGGCUAUAUCAGACAGCAGGGUCUUAGAAAGUCUUUAAAGUCUGGAAUUUACAAAUCUGCAUUUAAUACCUUAAAAGUGUCUUUAAAAGGUCUUAAAUUUAAUAUGGUAGGUCUUCAGUU